AUAACCACAACUAUUCCCACCAUCUAUUAACUUUGUCAUUCAAACAAGCCUCUCUCUCUCUGUCAAAGUCUUUCACCACCACCGUCAUUCUAUUGCCAUCACGACCGCCCGUCAACAUUAUUCUCACGACAGCCAAUCCCUUUUUUUUACUCUUUUCUUUUUCUUGGCCAUCUCCUUUCAACACCGUGACACGGAACAUCAACCACCCCAUUCUUUCCGAACCCAAUCUCCCGCUCGCUCUCCCACCUUUCCAACCCCCCCCACACUGCCCUUCUCGGAGACCCUGUCCUUUCAAGUCAUACACAAGUACAGGCAGGCCCUUACCCUCUCGCCGAUAGAUUACCGAGAGAAAAACAAAAGAACCCUGGUUGAGGAUCUCACACCUCGGUCUUUAUUUACAAAGGCAUCAUUUCAACCCGUGGUUUUCAAUACUCAAUACAAACCACUAGUCAUUACCUCUCCAUCCAUUCUUAGUGCGACCAGAUCAUACUCCUGCAUUAACUUUGAGCGUGGAUGCAUCUUGAUUUAGACUCAACGCUUUGUCGAUUCGAAUUCGCAUAAUAUAAUCACCCCCCCCCCUACAUCUUACCGGGGUCCAUCUCCCUUCAAAUUUAAAGCACCCUCAUUACAAAUUGGUUUCGAAGAGGACGUGAACUGGGCACAGAUAGAAAUGAUGGAAGGCGAUUUGAACCUCUCCCAGGCGCUGGGUGGCCUCAGGAUCGCAAAUCAGACAGACGACUCACCACCCUCGUCGCCUCGUGAUGCUGGAGCUUCGAAUAAUUCCCAAUCUCCUUCAAUACAUAUCCCUGAUCUCCAACAGCUCUCACCUCGGACUCCAGAAUCACAUUCACCACACACUCCCAGUACCUUAUCCCAGACACCACCGUUAGGGCCUUCCUCGCAACUUCGGCAGUCCGCUGCCUACCCCCCGCCUACCCCUCCGUCACGGCCCGCCUCUCAGUAUCUAGGAUCCUCCUACACGUCAGGACCUUCAACUAUUUACCAUCCACAGAAUGUUUCCUCCACUGGCUCUGUCUCUUCCAUUAACCCCCUGAUGCAUCCAGACUACGCUCGCAUUUCUCGUGAGCCUUCAAGAUCCUCGCUCUCAGGGCCGUCAAUGGGGGCAAACAGGCAAUCUCAGAGGGAGCGUUCAAAUACCGAUAGGUCUUAUCGACAAUCAGGUCCAACAGGUCCGUACUCCCCUCGUGGUUCUAGCAGAGUAAUGGCCCAAUCAGGAUCGGAGGAUAAAGGCCUUGUAGGCGCUAGUGGCCUAUACACUUCGGAGAACGGCCCUUCCAAUAGUAGUGAAGAGUGGAAGGAGAGGGGUGCGGCAGAGUCAAGGAUUUUAGCUUUGGUCGGACUUUGGUUUUCUGACAAAAUACAGGUUCUUGCGGCGACUGAUAGGACAACCUUAAAAGAAUAUGCUAUCAAGGUCCUCGAUAAACGACACAUCAUUAAGGAGAAAAAGGUCAAAUACGUUAACAUAGAGAAAAAUACCCUCAAUAGACUAGGUGAACAUCCAGGAGUUGUUCGAUUGUAUUAUACAUUUCAAGAUGAGCGGAGUCUUUAUUUUGUGUUGGAUCUAGCAGCUGGUGGAGAAUUACUUGGUUUUCUUAAGAGGAUGACCACUUUCGAUGAAGAAUGUACCCGGUAUUACUCGGCGCAAAUUUUGGACACAAUUGAGUAUAUGCACUCCAAAGGAGUCAUACAUCGUGAUCUGAAGCCGGAGAACGUUUUACUGGACGACCAGAUGCGGGUCAAAAUUACAGACUUUGGUACCGCCAAGAUUCUAGACCCACCAAAGAAACCCCCACAGAACGGGGAUGGACCAAGCGGGAUGUCAUAUCCUGGGGAUCCCACAGAGGAGAGUGAUUCAAAGGCGAACUCAUUUGUGGGCACAGCCGAAUAUGUUUCUCCAGAGCUCUUGACAGAUAAAGCGGCGUGCAAAGCUUCAGAUUUGUGGGCUUUUGGAUGUAUCGUUUUCCAGCUGCUCUCCGGAAGACCUCCGUUCAAGGCGGCAAAUGAAUAUCAAACAUUUCAGAAGAUUGUCGAUUUGGAGUAUGAAUUUCCACAGGGGUUUCCUCCGGUAGCUAGAGAUCUUGUGGAGAGGUUACUUGUUCUCGAUCCCGCCAAGCGGCUCAAUAUUGAGCAUAUCAAGAAUCAUGAGUUUUUUGAUGGCAUUGUGUGGGGCCGAAAACUCUGGAAGAUCAAGGCGCCUAGAUUGAAGCCAUACGUGCCACCUCCAGCCGAGGAGAGGAUCAUCAAGUUGAAUGAUAAGCCAUCUGUUCCUCGAAAUGGCGCUACAAAUGGAGGUGCAACAGUAACCCGACCACAGCCACCUCGUGUUAUUACAGAAUUGCCCCCUCCGAGUCAGCUCGAUAUCGAAUGGUCGCCAGUGCUCACAAAAUCCAAUGAACGGAUAUUGAAACUAGGCAACGCGGUUGUUCAUACCAGCCCCGCGCCACACUCACCUGACGGCAAAGGUGGUAUGAAUGGGCAUACGGAAACACCCAAGAAAUUCGCUAGGUUCUUUGGUAAUGGUGGCAAAAAGCGGCAGAGAUUGGUUAUGAUAACCACGUGUGCUCGCGUAAUUGUGGCUGCCGCUGGAGAUGACAAGCGUAUGAAAUUAGAAAUUAAUUUACAGGGGCUUGGCGUUGUGGCUAGAAGUAUAGGGGGUAGUGGUAGCACAUCUUGGGCCAUUGAUACCCGCGAUAAAACUUACACCUUCGAAGACCCUAAAACCCUAGCCAGCGAAUGGCUAGAAACCGUCGACAGGGCUCGAGAAAUAGCGGCAGUUAAUUACCCACCUGACGACGGUUUCAUGUCCAGCAACCUAUCUAGUCCGGCCUCGACAAUCACCCUGGAGGCCGGAAACGGACCGUUUCACCACGACAAGUCUGGGCGAGAAGGAGAUGGGCACGGCAGUAGGGAAAAGUCGAAUAAACGGUUCUCCAAGCGGAACUCUCGGCACGGACUGGCAGCGGUGUUUUGA